GGAUAUAAGAACUGGAGCAAUAAAGCUUCACUUUGCGAUAGAUGGAUGCCAGGAACCGCCAGCAACACAACACUCAUCUGCUACAAAGACCACAUCCAUAUCAGUAACGUUAGCAUGACCUGGGAGGAGUCUCUGGAAUACUGUCGGGGAUUCAACGGCUCUUUCUGCAUUCUGUCAGAAAAAGAGCAACUGGCCGCCAAGAGGCUGAUGAGAAGGCUCAACAUCACAGAACCGUUGUGGGUGGGUCUGCAGCAGAGUAGCUUCCUCGGGUUCUGGGUCUGGACCAUUGGAGAGACACUGGCCUGGAACAACUGGAAGGGUGGGCAGGUGCCCCGGCUGCCCCUCUCCCAUCACUGUGGUGCCCUGACGUCCGAGAAGGAUGAUUUCAAGUGGGCUGACAUCAACUGCAUGACCAAGCAGCGGGCUCUUUGUUACGACUGGGUUGUCAAUGAGUAA